AACGAAAUCCCUUCUAGUCUUCCAUCGAUUUGAAAGUUUGUCUCCUUUGGUCCUCUACAUUAUCUGGCUUGUUGCCUCUCCUUUUUCCUGGGAGCUCUCUUUGCUAUUUGCUUCCCCGCCUACCCCUCCAUCUGCCACGCCAAGACGAACUUUUUUUUGUCAAGCGCGUUACUCUUCGUUUUGAAACAUACUUGCCAGUAGCAUUAACCGACCAUUCCGCUCACCUUAUUCAUCCUUUCCGGUGAUAAGAACUCUGAUUUUGUUCGUAGCCCUUCAGACGCGCCUGGUCAGUAGCUUGCACGAUGGAGUUGCCCAAGAGAAUAGUCAAAGAGACUCAGCGGUUGAUGACCGAACCUGUUCCCGGUAUCACUGCAAAGCCCAGGGAAGACAAUCUGCGUCACUUUGAUGUUACCCUUGAAGGGCCGGCCGACUCGCCUUAUGAAGGAGGAAUUUUCAAGCUACAACUAUUCCUGCCAGAAGAUUAUCCCAUGGCCCCUCCCCAGGUUCUGUUCCAGACAAAGAUUUAUCACCCCAACAUUGACGGGAUCGGAAGGAUUUGUCUUGACGUCUUGAAAAAAAACUGGUCUCCAGCUCUACAAAUCCGCACCAUUCUCCUCUCGAUCCAGGCAUUGCUCGGGGCCCCUAAUGCCGAUGAUCCCCUCGCAGAAGAAGUCGCGAAACACUGGAGAGAAAACCCAGCUGCAGCCAUUGCGCAAGCAAAAGCGGAGACACAACUAUAUGCAUCGCCGGAGGCGGCGGGCAGGAAUCCAUAAUCAGCAGGAACUUAAGUGGGUUGGCUAACAUCGGAGUAAGGACGUGAUACUAUUUUAUUGAUCGAUUGAUCGCGGGCGAGUUGUUUAACGGUGGUUGUUUAUGCCGAGCGAGACAUCCUGUUCAUCUUUCUUCUUUUUGUUCGGCUUCUGACGACCUGAUUCCUUUAUCAUGUAUUACGGCGUUUGGUUUUAACCCUUUCUUGAUUGAUUCUAUGAAUUUAUAGUCCCUUUUCUUUGUAUUUUGGUUUUUGUGCCUGGGUUGAAGGCUCAACCUGCGAUGUUCGACUGCCCGCUAUAGAAUACAGAUUCCGCACUCUUUUAUUGAGGCGCAACAGAUUCUCACCAUUCUCGGCUCUCCAAAAAGCUAGCCAGUCAACUCUUGAUGUAUCUGGUGCCUUAUUUCAUUUAUUGUUUCCUACACACUCCAGCGGAAUUAUGCCAAGUUCACCUCAGUUUUAGUUAAACGAAUGCGCUGUUUCCUUUGCAAAUUUCCAAAGUAAAAUCUCUCGAU